AUGACGGUGCUGGCGGUCGGUGCCGGUGAUGUUGGUGGUGGUGCACUGUCAGUGGUGCAGGUCCAUUGUUCGUCAGACACAAAACAGUCGGUGUACAAAGUGGCUGCUGCGUUCGCUGCGGAGAAGGCGCAGCCGAUGGGCGACGAGGGUCCGCUGGCGCAUACAAACCAGCACUCUACCGUAUCCAUCAACACGAGGAAUAUCCUGGAACGGGAUGAUAUUGGUUAUGGAAGUAGGUUACGCGGCAAGAGGGGCUUCGAUCGGAAUUAUGAAACGAUGUGGAUGCUGCAGAAGAAGAAAUACGGACGGAAGAGUACUCGCGAUGUUCCUCAAAGAGUUUAUCUAGAUAACGAUAUGACAUUUAAUGCUGAUAACGCUCUUUAUCAAUCCCAUGGCACUAGACAGAUAGAAAUUCAUUUCACCCUUGAGCAUAGGUUAGAUAGAGCUGUCUACCAAGAAGGAACGAUGGUCGAUCAGCCAUUGAAAGAUUGGACUGAAGAGAAGAAUUUCCAUUCCUCGAGCGAUUGGUCAAAUUCUAAUGAGAAUCCCAAAGUGACUAACAGCGAAAGUAUAUGGCUUCGAAAUUACGAAUCUCCUGAAAAUCUCGUUAAUUCUGAUUCGAGCAAAAACGAAAAAUUACAUGCUGACCUGCGGGAUCAAUUCGUAUCGUUGCACAAUCCAAUAUACGCAAAUGAUGUUACCGCUUUGCGUGAAUCUCCAAUUGCAAUCAGAAAUGGCAAAACUCAAAGUGUACCGCUAUCAUUGGAAUCUUUGAAGAGAACUAUAUUGGAAUUAAGAGAUAGUUUGAUGUUGGGCUAUAAAAGAAGAAAUAUAACACCGAAAAGAGAAUCUAAUCAGUGGAAUGAACCAAGAUCGAUAGCUGAAAUGUAUAAUUUUGGGGGAGAUUUUGAAGACUAUCUUGAUGAAGAAACAAUACGGAGACUAAAAAGAGCAAAAAAUAUAGCUAACGAAGAUGAAAAUGACUCCAAACUUUUUCAGGGAGUAGAGUUUGGGGAAACAUAUUUUGAGAAACGAAAUUCGAAAGAAUCACAUGAUCGCAGUAAACGCAGUAGAAGGAGUUUUAUCGUAAAUUCAAAUUACACAAAUAAUCAGAAAGAUAUUCCUGAAAAUAACCGUUAUCAAAAAAUUCAAAUGAUUAAUAGCGUUCUCAAAAAUAUAACUACAAUACAAAAUAAAGAAAUCGUUACCGAAUUAUAUUCUAGUUAUCUUAGCAACGAUGGAAAAAAUUCGGUAAACGCUUCGAACAAGAUAAAUAUUACUGAUCUGAAAAAUUCUUUAGAUAAAGGAUCUUUUUCAGAUAAUCAUUUCAAUAACUUAACGAUUAACCCAUCAACAGAACUAUAUUUAAAUGAUCAUUUCUUCGACAACAAAUCAUUAUUUGUUAUAAAAACGGACUUACAAACGCAUUUACCAGAACAUAUUACAAAAAAUAAAGUUCCUAAAACAAGUUGGAAGAAAAUUGGUCAACAUUCCACAAUUAAAAGGAUAUUAAAAACUAUUGAUCAAACAACGAAGAAUCGUACUAACUCGUCCAAUUUCGAAAAGAGUGCAUUCACUUAUUUGAUAGAUUUUUCAAUAAAUGAUGGUACUGAUGAUUCUGGGAAAUCCCUGAAAAAUCGAAGUGGCGGAGAGAAAUCAGGAUUCGCAACGCAGAAAAUAUCGCAACUCAGCAUAGAUGACGGACAAUCGAAGGGCGCGGAAAAAGAGUUUCCCCGGGGAAAUAUGUUGCAUGGGUUCGGUAUCGGAACAAAUGAAUCAUGGAGCUGUGUCUUCACAACAACCGUAGCCUUGAAAGAAAGAGAAAUUGAGGCAGACGAAACGCAAAACCGCGAGCUGAUACCCGGUGUCAUCAAAAUAUUUGAGCCUCGAGGGCAUCUAUAUCAAAAGCAGGAGGCCGAGACGACGACGACGACGACGACGACGAGAUUGUCUCGGGAAAUGGAACAAGACGGUAUGUCCGCGGCGAAGAUAAAGUCGGACGAAGAUAAAGUCGACAAGUCAAGAAAUACAAAUGCAAGAGAAGACUCUUUGACUUCGCCGAUUGAUUCUGUCACCAAUGCGACAAUGAAACCAGAAGCCGCAUAUAUAAAUACGUCUGAGACUGGUGAAUCGAUAAUACUGAGGGAUCUUGCUUCGGUGAUUGUAGACAACGAUUUGCGAAAGCAGCAACAGAUGGUUCCGCUUCUAAGUGUCGAGAAUAGAAACGCAAAUAAAUCGAAUGGAAAUUUGGAUACUGAUAAAAUCGAUAUUCGUAUUCUCGGGUCAAACGGAAAUGAGACUAUGAAUGUAAAGGAAGGUACUCGAACUAUAAUGGAAGCUCACGAAUAUCACGAAACCGAUAACAAUUUACAGAGGAAAUUAUUAUGGAUUUCAGUCGAUGGUGAAACUAGAGAUUCAUCGAUAAAGAGCAUGAGAUCAGUUUUUAGAACUACGACUGACAGUUAUACUGAAAAUAUGAAUGAGAAUCGACAGCAAAAUAAAAUAACUAAUUCCGCAAACUUGGGAAAAAUAUUGACUAGAGUUAAACGCGAAGAUAAAGCUGAAGAAAGUCAUAUGUUACAGGAUACUAUAAAUUCUCAGAGUGCCGAAAUAAAUCACAACGCUCGUUACAAACAAUCCGUAUAUCCUUAUAAAAAUAUUGACACCAAUAAUGAAGCAGAGAAUACAGCAGUUGAGAAGGAAGCGGCGAUAAAUUACGAUGAAAGUAAUGAAUAUCAAAAUCUGAAUGUCGAAGAUCUUAAAGGGUUUUAUAAUGAUAGAGAAGACGAUGUGCUUGAAGAUAAUGAUAAAGCAGUGAAAAGAAAGGGACAAUCUUCAUUUAGACAGCAAAUCGACCCUGUAAGAACUAAAGUUGAUAUGUUAAUUAAGCAAAAGCUUGAUAAGAAAAAACACAAAGACAGUAGAAAUUAUAGAAGAAAGAGACAUAAUAUGUUGGAUAUGGUCGAGUAUUACGAUUAUGAUGAUGACGAAGAAGGCGAUGUUCCAAUAAACGAGCAAGAAGCUGUGAAUAAAGAUAAUACAUUUUCAAUUAAUGCGAAAAUAAAGCGCGCUGGCAAAUCAUCAUGUAAGUCAGGUGACUUAGGGAAAAAGAAGAAUGAAAACGCCGAGGCGGUAAUGAAAGAAGAACUCAGAAAAGCAAAAGCAAAGAACAAAGAGCCAAAAGAAGAAAUUGUCGUUGAUCUUGGUGAACGUAAGAAUAAGACUACGAAGAAAGAUCAAAGUGAUAGAAAGCCCUUCAGUUCGUUAGGAUCUAGUUUCGAGAACGUGUUCGAUGAGGAAAGACAAUUAUUAUCUAAGGGAAACUCGGAGAAAAUUCGUCAAAGCAAAGAUUUUGCGAAUAAUGUUUAUUAUAAAGAACCAGUUGCCGCGAAAUCAAAAUGGUUGAAUCAACCAUUUGAGGAUAGAAGCGUAUCAUCGAAGAAUUCGGAGUUAUUAUUAGAGGACAAUAAGAAAAAAACUUCAAAUAAACCUUUCGAAUACAUAUCCAAUGCAGAUUUAAAUUCCAAUGUUAUCAAAAAUAUUUUAAUAGACAUUCAGCCUAUCAAGAUUGUGGAUCAAAAUAAAGAAUCGAAAACUUCAAAAGACUUCUAUGAAGAUUUUGGAAACGACAGGGCUGAAGAUCAUUAUCAAGAGAACGAUUCAAACAAUAUUGAGUUUCUGUAUGAAGAAUUGAAGAAUUUGUAUGAUUGGCCUGAUGGUGAAUUAGAGAGCAGACCUCGGCUUAGAGGCGAUCAAAGACUACGCUAUGAAUUAGAUGAUAUACUUGAUACAAAUCCCUCUCAAUUACAGCCAUUGAACGAUAGGUUCCUCAACUCGGGUCAAAACGACAACAUACAAAAGAAAUUCCAGUCAAUUGAUUCAUCUCUAAUGCGUGACAUUGAGCAGAGUUCAACGGAGAAGAAAAAUGCACCGAGUAUAUUUUCUGUCCAAACAACUGCCCAGUCAAAAGUAUCAGAAGAUAAAAAUAUUCCGUUUUCCGAAGGACGGCCAAUAAUCGAUACGGAUUCCGAGACUCCAUACGAAAAUAUUAAAUAUAUCGAGUCCACAACACAUGAAUUAUUGAAACGAAAUCUAAAUUUGGAGGAGCAGGCAGCGAUUAGUUCACAAGACUUACAUGAGUCUUUUGUGGAAUCUCCAGAUUGGCAUGAUGAUUUCGAUGUAAAAGUCAGAUUGGGCAGAGGACUGAAAGCUAUAAACGAUACAGUAAUUUCGGGUUUGAAGAAAACUUAUAAUCAAGAUAAUACAUUAGACGCAGAAAAUGCAACUUCUUUGCAAGUCUCUCAUGAUAAUUCAUCUAAAUCACAAAAUUGGCACAAUGAUACAAUCGCAAAUUUAUUUAAUCUUUUCAAUAAUAAUCACGGUGUAUCUGAUCGAAGAGCUAAAAAUGUUCAAGAAUCGAUUUCAAUGAAUACAGUUAACAUGGAUGAUGACGAUCUCGAAGCUGCCGAACAAAAAUACGUAAAUAAUCAAACCUCGAGAAUUAGAAGAGCAGCUGUUUCAUAUCGCACGUAUUACGACAACAUGAAUCAAAAUCAACAUGAUUAUGAUGAAACUAGCAGAAGUCUAGAUAACCAAUUUUAUUCUCCGAAUAUCGUCGAAAAUCAGUUCGAUGAAGCGUAUAAGAUUGGAAACUGGAACAGUGACAGUGACACACAAGAUCGUGAUCAAUACUCGAAAAUUUCUCGAACCAACACGAGAAAGGAGAAAUCCAAAAAAGGGAAUAAAAAGAAUAAGCAUCCCUCGAAAAAACACGCAAAGAAAAGUAGUUCGCACUCUUCUUCAAAUAGAAACAGGAGACAUCACACACAUCGGUCUAAUAUGUCGAAGAACCGAGGUGAUUUAAAGAAGAAGAACAAAGCAGAAACAUCUCCUUUGAUUAGACGCACUAAAGUUCAGAAGAGUAAAACGGCCGAACAAGGACGUGCAAGAAUGAACGAGGCACUGGGCGAAAAAGUGUUUUACGAGAAUGCGGAGGAUCAGAGUACAGUGAAGCCGGAGAUGGAUGAUGUACAGAGAAAGGAAAUUACGCUGCUCCUCGCAGCCGACAACAUUGACGACGAGUCGCAGAUGGACGUGGCUCUUCACGGUGAACUAGCUGGAAAAAUUGUCGAGCAAAUAUUCGAACAGGUCCAAAAAAAUAAUCGACUGAAGAAUGCUUUUGGUCCUGGACUUCGCCGCGAUCACAAAACGGAAGAUGUAAUAAGGGGUAACAUUUAUGGACAAGGACUCGAUAAAGCUGGAGUAAUCACGAUAUUUAUUGCGAGAGAUUUGUGUACGAAUCACACGGAAACGAUGAUAAAGAAAGUUAUGGGGCUCCUUGAUACGCUAAUUGUGAAUGAAGUGCAAAAGAAAACUUGCGUUACUUUAUCGCCGGAUAUGCGAGAAUUUUUAGGCUGGAUGCUGGAAAUGGAUCGAGAGGAAGAAUUGUUAGAAGAGGCACUACUGCUGCCAUUGGUCCGUGAGAAAAUUAUUCCAGAGCAAAACACAGAACGCAAAUUCCUGUUUGACAGCACUUCCAAGCAAGAGGAAGAAGGAAAUAUUAAUGAUCUACAGAAAAAAGUGAGAGUAUUGGAAACUCUUGUAAAAGAAUAUAACGCCCUGACUGUAAAAGAAAAAACGAAGGUUCAAACAGUCCAUGACUAUUUGAUUCGACAGUUAAAUCUACUUUUACAAUACAUCGAAGCGCGAGAAACUGCAGAAACAAAAGGAAAGCCUACAUCAAUGUUUGGCGCAGCUAGAACUAGAACCGGAAAUAUCUUACAAUAUCAAAGUACUGUGCCUAAUGCUACUAAUGCAAGCUAUUCGAUGACAAAAGAUGUAUUCUCUUUGCCAACCGAAGCGCAUAAUCUUUUCCGGCUCAACAAUUCGUUUGAAACAAUAGAUAAACAGCUCCACGAUAAUCAUGUUGCAUUUGGUCACAGAGAAACACGCAGCCUCGAUAACAUUCCACCGAAACGACAUCACAAAACGAAACGCCAGAAGUUCCGCAAUCAAAAUAAAAAUAAAAAUCAUAGACAGCCAAAGCUAAGACACAAUGAGCAUCGCAGACACGUAGAUCAUGUAGGAGCACUUCCUAGAUAUAGGAAGUCGCGACAAAAACGCGCAAAUCCCGAAGAAAAUCAAGCUUCGCUUUAUUAUUUAGGUUACGAAAAGCCAAGAAUUUACGAUUCGUUCGAUCUCCUCGAUGCGAAGUUGAAAAGGGAGAGCAAAAAGAAGAAACGAGAAUUAAUCAAUAAAAAAAACGCAGCAAUGGAGAAUGAUAGGAUACUCAAUUUGUCACCAAUAAAAGGGAAGAAUCGUAUGGAGGACGAAGUGAUACUGCUCAACAAGCGAGAAGCCUGGAAGAGGGAGAACGAGGAACAGCUGAAAGAGGUUGCCUUUGGCAAAGACAUGAGAAAUAGCUCAAGGAGGGAGAGAGAACGAUUCGAGAAAUUGACGGAAGGAGAUAAACACAAACCUCCCUCGAUCAAUGAGACGAAUUCCAGAAUGAAGCGAGAGGACAUAAUUCGCAGGACAUUAACCGGCGAGAGUCAGGACCAACAAUUCUCCAACAAAUCUCAUGCAACAUUCAAAAUUCGUGAUGGUGAAUCAUGGAAUAAUUCGGAAAUAAAUAAUGUUAACGGCAUAAAGGGUGAGAAUAAACUGGAAUUGGUUGAGCGAAGAAUCAAUGUUUUCGCGGACAACAAAACCGACGCAGCAAUUGAUUCCGCGGCUGCGCAAGUCAGCGCGGAAGAAAAGUUAGCGACAAAUGCAGGAGCCAAUAAUCAGAUUAAGGGAAAACUUCGUGCUAUAAACCGUGAGACAAAAAUUGACAAGGCAGACGGAAGUACAAGCUUUGUAAACUUGACGAGGAACGCGAAGCCUCGGGUCUCGAAGGAGCGACAGAAAGUUUUAGCAACAGAAAAAGAAGCAGAUGAUAACGCUGUAAAAUUAAAUCGUGCGACCAACUAUCGACAUGAGGAAAUAGAUCCUGAAAUUGAGUUGAAAAAUUUGAGACAGGAAAGAGAGAAAAAAAUUUAUGGCAUUGCAAACUGGAAGACUAGCGACUACUUUUACGAUGGUGAUAAUCUCUCUAGAAAUAAAUUAAGAGAAAAAUAUAUAGCUAAGUUAGAUGAACUGGGUGACCUGGAUACGGAUCCUGAGAAUAAUUUGGUACCUCUGAGAUUAAGAAAUAAUAAAUGGUUGAAUGACGUCGUUGAAUGGAAGCUGCUGCCGAUAAUAAAACAAUUUCCAUAUGACGAUUAUGCCUUAUCAAGAAAUCGUUUAAUAGAAAAAGAAACACCUAUAUCAAGCAACAUUAAAGACGUGCAAUCUCAAUCUUAUUUAAAUAGCCCAAAAUUUUGGCAACAAAAACAUCGUAAAAGGAACAGUGUCUUUAAUAUCUCACCUAUAUUAAAAAUAACCGACCGUGAUUAUUUUCCGCGCAGAACUCAUCGAAACGCGAAACGAGUCUUUGAAAGAGCGAGAUUCAACAAUUUACAGGUAGAUCCUAAAGUUAUUUUUAAAGUUCAAAGACCAUUUCGACCGUGGAACAACAAAAGAACGAACGACGUUGCAGAAUUUGGAGUGCCUUUCGUAUUGAAAGAUCCUAAACGCGAGUUCCACGAAGUACUUCGAUCUCGCAAUCAUCCAGAGCUCGGCGACCGAAUAAUCUACGGUGCGAUCGGUCUACAAUUGCCGGUUUGGCCGUAUCAGUAUUACGAUGAUUUUACGGACUCAUCGACCUUUCACUUCGUCCCGAGCAUUCAUGGGAGAGGUAACGAGGUGUAUCGAUAUCCCGCGGAAACAUAUCACGAGCAUGGCCUCUUUAAAAAACGCCGUGCUCACGACGCGAGCCGGCGAUUCGCAAGGCGAAAUAGAUUCCGCUUGAGAGCUUUAGACGGAGAAGAUGCCGACGAUUUUCCGACGAAUAACUUAGCAAACAAGAGCUCGAAGUCCAGAUUUUCACAAGGAAAGUUUCGCGUGGAACCGACCACGGUGGUUCUCGCCAGUGGUGAAGAUUACUUCGCGUUCGGGGAGACAAAAUACACAGGAAAGAAUGCAAGAAAAACUAACGAAACUAAAACAAAAUUAACAGAAUAG